AUGUUCAAUUUUGAUUUAAUUCUAUUGUUUUGCUUAUUGCUUUUCAAAUUUACUUCCGCUACUUCUCCCAAAUUAAUUGAAUUCAAAUCUCAAAUUACCCAGAAAAAUGGAACCAAACUAACAAUCGUUUGCGUCAUACAAGAAGGAACGAAACCAUUUCAGUUUGAAUGGCGAUUCAAUGAUCAACAAUUAUUGAAAUCAUCCAUUGCUUCUGAUUAUCGAAUUGAUUCAUUCACUGAUGAUCAAUCUCAAUUAACCAUUCCAAAGCUUGAUCAAAAGCAUUCGGGCACCUAUUCUUGUUUGGCCCGUAAUGAUUUUGGUUUUGAUCGACAAUCUACACGUCUUACUGUUACAGGUUUGAGAAUUUUCAUUAUCCAUCAAUAUGUGGCGCAAAUGAGUUUAUAA